AUGACAAUGAAAACUCUUUUUUAUCUAUUGAUACUUCUUAUUUUGUGUUGUGAUGGUAAAAAGACAAAUAAAUAUGAUGAACAAACAGUAAAUGAUCUUGAUCAAAGAAAAAAAGCAUUUAAAUCAUUUGAAAUAAAUGAAAGAGAUUUAAAAGAUGAUAAAGUAUAUUUUAAGAAGUUAAGAACAACAAUGAAACGAUAUAGAAAUUUAGAUGAUGCAAAAAGAACACUUGAACGUAUUAUUAAUAAAAGACUUAUAAAUCAAAUAGAACAACAUCAAAAGUCAAUGCCAUUUAUUUCAACACCAAAUCCUAAGAGUUAUAAAAAAAUGGUUCAAGUAAAAACAAGAGAUAUUUUAAAUAACUAA